AUGUCCAACGGCCAGCAACAGCAUCCUCUGCUGUUAGCCAUUCCGGAAAAUAAUUAUGCUCAAACGCAGCGCAUGCAUUACUAUCCCAACCACUACUAUCCGGGCAACUACUUCCUCAACCAUCACCAUCAAGGACACCAGGGGGGGCAUCAGGGGCAGUUGGGACGACCUCCGCUACUGGCGGCGGCGGGCAGUAGCCACAACGGUGCUUAUGCGGCCUCGGCGGAUGGCAGCGGACACUCUGGCUAUGGCAACAUCGAGCCUUCCUUGGAGUACGAGUUGCAGCAGGAACCACCCUCGGGCAGCUUCUCCUCAUACCAUCCAAGCAGUGCGGGCAGUGGUCCCGCAUAUCCGCCACAUAGCCACCCACAAGCUGGACCACCACCACCACCACAUCCACCUCCAUCCACCAAAGCUACGAAGAAAUCGAAGAAAAGCGCCGGCUCAGUGAUGAACGCAUUAACGCUGCUCUCGUUCUUCUUUUUCAUAAAUAUGCUGCAAAAUUGCCUAAAGGAUCAUAUGAAAGAUAUGAAUCCCACGGUAAUGGUGCUCACGGCCACUGGUACUCGCAAUCGUAACAACAAAUUAUCCGAGAUGAAUUCACGCGAACAGACCUCGACAACGGCCACCGAAUCGGCAUCAUCUUGGAAUCAGCCGGCUUUAGUUCCGGCCGCGGUGCCCAGUGUGCCGCCAACCAUUGUUAUGCCCACGGUAGUACUGCAAUCGCCCUAUAGCGUUGGACAUGAGGUGGCUAAUAAACCCCAUCAGCACCACCACUCGAACCCUCAGCAAAAACCCCAUGAUUAUCAAAGGCCCCAUGAUGAUAAUGAUAAUGAUGAUGAUAAUUACGGGCAGCGUAGACCACCACCACCACCAUCACCUCAGACCUUUAGUCAUGAUUUCUAUCCUAAUCGCACACACAUCGACGACUACCACUCUCAGUCACGGCCCAACUUUGAAUCGGGUUCCGAUUACUAUCAGCACCACUACAACCCGUAUGCUGGUACAAACUCCCGUCGGCAUCCUUGGUCUUAUGGCAGGCAGCGUUACUCAUCCGCACCGUGGUCUUCAGCUUCGUUGGGCGCUCAGUCGGGCGUGAGCUCUUACUUGGAUAAUGCCCAGCGCCGGCAAGGUGAUGAUGACGAUGGUCAUGGUUAUGGCUCUAGGAAUGGCGGUGGGUAUAGGGAUCGGGAUCGGAAUCGGGAUAGAGAUGAUGAUGACUGGGGUGGUGGCGACGAGGAUGAGGAUGGUCAGCAGCGGCGUCGCGGCGAUGCUUUCUAUACUCGCACACGCAUUAAUUGA